CGAAAGUAAAAAGCCCAUUACUCAAACUUCAAAGCUCAAAUCCAAAUUCGUCUUUCUUGUUCAGGAAGUCGUCCCGUCGCCGCCGAGCACCGGAAGCGCUUAAAACCCAGAGACCCAUCGACAAAAUUCCUUCUCCGUUCACCAACUUACCGGAAAGAAGAAUAAUGGAAUUCAUAACCGAACCAGGCAAACAGCCUCACCCAGACUGCUCCACCCUCAUUCUGCCGGCAUUGUCAAUUGGGAACGUCGGACAGUUAGCGGUGGAUCUCCUGGUGUCGUCUACCCGAGCUGAGAGAAUUGGGUAUUUGGAUGAUCCCUACACCCUUCCUUGUGUGGGUAAUGAUGCUUAUGGCCCCAUUCCUUCCGGGGACCUUGCCCUCCCUCUCGAAGCUUAUCAAUCACCUGCCAAUGCGAUGACUCUAGUGCAGCAGCGAUCCCCGGUUGUUAAGGGAAUGAUGGUUGAAUAUGCCAAGAACUUGGCUGAGUUUGCUGCUGCUAGUGGGAAGAAGCAUGUGGUUGUUCUUUCUAGCUUAGAGUUUUCAAGAUGGCAAAAGAUCGAUAUGUCAAGUGGGUUGCAGAUAUACUACCUCUCUAGCUCAAAUACAGAUGGAACAGAUGAUUUCUGUGCAAAACUUGGGUGGCGAAGGCUGCAGGAUUAUGAUCCUACACAGAGAACUUGGAAUUACCUCAGCAGCUUAGCUCAAGGCAGCACCAUGCAUGACAGCACCUUGCCUUUUGAAGAUGAACCAGAAGAAGAAGAUUAUUGCGCGAGUCUACCUUUUGCGGCUCUUUUUUCCUGUCUGAAGGCGAAAGGUUUGAAAGUCACAUGCAUAUUGUGUUACUGUUCUGAGGGAGACAACAUGGCCGAUUCUUUCGAGUUAGCUGAGGCAGCAUCCAAGCUCCUGCAACUAAAACCUGAUAAUUUCAUCGGGGGUGAUGAUGGCAAGUGGUGCAUCCCGUUUUCGUGGAAGACUGUGUACGGACCACCUCCAGAUUUGUCGAUGUUUUAGUUGUGUUAUGCGUUACUAGAUUAUGCGAGGCUUUCAUGAUGAAGGAAAAACCAAAGAAACAGAGAAGAAUACUUUUAAGGAGGCGCAUGGUUGGGUUGUUCUCUCAAUCCCAUGUUUAUUGGAUCUUGUCAAGCUGCAACGAUCUCUGUUAUUGUACUGCUGUGGAAUCACGCAAUUACGCAAGUGACUUCUUGUCAAUGGUUCAUAGUUCUUCAUGUCGGAAACUGAACGAAAGCAAAAGAUCAAGGACCGAAUUUCAUCUUUGGCCGCGAGUUAAAUUUUGAUCAACAUAUUCUAGUUCCUAAACAUUGAACUUCACACUUACACUUUGAACUUCACUCUUAUUUUAUUAUUUAUUAUCAUUUCUCAUUUAAGUAUGACAUUUGAUACAAUUGUUUGGGAUUUGGGAUCAUGGGAAGAUUUUAGGAGAUAUUGCUAAAUUAAAAAUAAAUGUUAGGUAGAAUGUCAGUAUGUUUUCGAAUAUCUGUGGAUAAUACAUGUAUGUACAUAUAAUAUUAUUAUACAUCGAAUUGAUAC